AACGAACAUCACCUUUACCUUACUACUGUUUCUCUCUCUCUCUCGCCUCUAGCAAAAAUGGAAGCUCCAAAGUCCUUCUUGUCGCGCACAACCAACGCACUCAUCGUCUUCUUCGCCCUGUACUUUACCACCCUCUUCUCCCUCGACACCUGGGCCGCUGCACGAGGAUCACCAUAUCGCGCGCCGGGUAGCAGCUCGUAUAAUAGGCCUGCGCCCGUGGCCCCAUCGCGACAAAGCUACCAGGGCAGGAUGCAUGGUCGAGGGAAUGCGGGGCCUGGAAGCAGUAGCGGUGGUGGCAGCCGAAGGGUGGCACAGGUGAAAGAUUCAAGACCGCCCAUCAAAAUGGGAGGUUCAGCUGCCUGUGGUGCUUGCUUGAUCUAAUAGUCGACAUGUAUGGUUGCGUAAACAAAAGUCACCUACUGGCAUUCAUCAUUUCAUGGGUAACAUUAGUUC